GUACGUGAGGCGCGCAGGGCGGAUUCCCCGGCCCCUACCGAUUUUUCCGGAACCAUGCCGUCUGAGUCGUCCAGGAAGCGGCAGGCUGCCAAGAAGGACGCUGCCAAGAAGAAGGGCGCUCCCAAAAGCAAGAAACCAGAGGCCGCCGAGGUGUCCAACGGCAACGACUCUCAGCAAAACGGAGCGCAGAAUGGAACGUCCACCAAUGGCGAGGUCAAGGCCAUGACGGACGAAGAGAAGCUGUGCGCCCAGCUGGAGGCGGAGCUGGCCAUGGCGGCCGAGGCGCGCGCCUGCACGGGCGUCAUGGGCGUCCACCCGCGCAGCCGCGACAUCAAGGUGUCGGGCCUGUCCAUGAGCUUCUACGGCUCCGAGCUGCUGCAGGACACGCACCUGGAGCUCAACUGUGGCCGCCGAUACGGCCUGAUCGGCGCCAACGGCAGCGGCAAGUCGUCGCUGCUGCACGCGAUCUCCAACCGCGAGAUCCCCAUCCAGGACAUGGUGGAUGUGUUCCUGCUGGCGCGCGAGAUGCCGGCCUCGGAGAAGACGGCGCUGCAGUGCGUGAUGGAGGUGGACCAGGAGCGCGUGCGGCUGGAGCGGCUGGCCGAGGAGCUGGCCCACUGUCCGGACGACGAGAGCCAGGAGGAGCUGAUGGACGUGUACGAGCGGCUGGACGAGCUGGGCGCCGACACGGCCGCCGCCAAGGCCGGCUACAUCCUGCACGGUCUCGGCUUCACCACGGAGAUGCAGCAGCGCCAGUGUAAGGACUUCUCGGGCGGCUGGCGCAUGCGCGUCGCCCUGGCGCGUGCUCUGUUCGUGCGGCCGCACCUGCUCAUGCUGGACGAGCCCACUAACCACCUGGACCUGAACGCGUGCGUCUGGCUCGAGGAGGAGCUCAAGACGUACAAGCGCAUCCUGGUGGUCAUCAGCCACUCGCAGGACUUCCUCAACGGUGUGUGUUCGAAUAUCAUCCACCUAGACAAUAAGAAACUGCAGUUCUACACGGGUAACUACGACAUGUUCGUGCAAACUCGCUGUGAGCUGAUGGAGAACCAGAUGAAGCAGUACAAGUGGGAACAGGACCAGAUCGCUCACAUGAAGAACUACAUCGCGCGCUUUGGCCACGGCUCGGCCAAGCUGGCGCGCCAGGCGCAGUCCAAGGAGAAGACGCUGCAGAAGAUGGUCGACAAGGGUCUGACAGAGCGGGUGACCGGCGACAAGCAGCUUUCCUUCUACUUCUUCGACUGUGGCACCAUCCCGCCGCCGGUCAUCAUGGUGCAGAACGUGAGCUUCAAGUAUGACGAGGGCCUUGACUACAUCUACAAGAACCUGGAGUUUGGCAUCGACCUGGACACCCGUCUGGCGCUGGUGGGACCCAACGGGGCCGGCAAGUCAACACUGCUUAAACUGCUCUAUGGGGAGCUGUCGCCGACCACCGGCAUGAUCCGGAAGAACAUGCACGUGCGCAUCGCGCGCUACCACCAGCACCUGCAUGAGCUGCUCGACCUCAACCUGACGCCGCUCGAGUACAUGCUCAAGGAGUUCCCCGAGAUCAAGGAGAAGGAGGAGAUGCGCAAAGUCAUCGGUCGCUACGGCCUCACCGGCAAGCAGCAGGUGUGCCCGAUCCGACAGCUGUCGGACGGCCAGCGCUGCCGCGUGGUGUUCGCCUGGCUGGCCUGGCAGUCGCCGCACCUGCUCUUCCUCGACGAGCCCACCAACCACCUGGACAUGGAGACGAUCGACUCGCUGGCCGAGGCCAUCAACAACUUCAGCGGCGGUCUGAUCCUGGUCAGCCACGACUUCCGCCUCAUCAGCCAGGUGGCUGAGGAAAUCUGGAUCUGUGAGAAACAGGCGGUCACGAAGUGGGAGGGUGACAUCAUCAGCUACAAGGAGAUGCUGAAGACGCAAGUGAUGAAGAGGAACGCCAAGGCCAAGAAGAAGGCGGCCUGGUAACGGAGCGGCUCCUAGGCUUUUCCAAUUGGCGCGUCCUCCUAGCUGGCAUCCAGCCCCACUAGAGCGACGCGUUAUCUGUCUUCUCCUGCGUGUGGCGCGUCCCUGACCAGGGCCGCACAUGCCACCUCGACAAACACCCCGGCGCGGCGCCGCGCGCCAGCCGGCGACGCCACAGACGGAGCAGCGCCCAGCGGCGGGACCGGCGUGGCCGACGCACAGCACACAGCAUACUUGUCUCCCCAGCCGCGCACGCAUGACCAGACCCAGCCGACUGACAGCGCUCCGACAGGAGGCUCAUCCGACUGACAGCAGAGAGCGAGCGACGCCACCGAAGCACAGCACAUCAGACAGGAGGCGGCCUGCCGAGAGCACGCGAGUCGACGGACUGACGGCACGCUAGCAGGCGGCUCGCAUCACACAAACACACCACCGCCGGCUGACAUGACGACACGCGACGCCGCGGCACGACUGACUCGACUGACCACCGCCGGCCCACCGGCCUAGACUGCACGACACACGCACACACACACACACACACAAACACGCUGAUCCGACGCGACCCGACCUCACACCAUGCCCCGAUCUGACCUGACGACCGUGUCCCGACCUGACCUUACGACCGUUACCCGACGUCACCGUGACUCGACUUCUCAACCGUGAUUUGACCAUACAACCGUGACCCGACCUCGCAACCGUGAUCCGACCCCACAGCCGUGACCCGACCUGACCUCACAACAAUGACCCGAUUUUACAACUGUGACACGACCUGACCUUACAACCGUGACCCUACCGACUCUACCCUACCCUACAACCGUGACCCUACCGACUCCACCGUACCCCACAGCUGUGACCCUACGCACUCACAAGACACAGACGAUCCGGCCGACCCUGGUCACCCAGACGUGCCGGCCACUCUGCGGAGCCCGGCCGCGCGGUCCGCGCUGCCGCCGCCGCACCGUACCGCGGGUCACACACCACCGCCGCCAGCGGCCGUGGCCGGGGCGUUGCAACGCCUCGGGCGCAGGCGGUCGGCCGCUGCGAGGUCCCGCCCGCCGCGCCGCCCCCAGUCACAGGAUGACUGGCCGGCGUUACUUAUGUGAUGGUGCAUCGUAAUUCCACUGGUUUGGUCCGCGUAAUCGGACUUAUUUUAACUUUUUGGUUGAGACUGGUUUUACCCGGACCCUGCUGAUCAAAACUAAUAAAUCUCCUAGUUUUA